AUGGAUCCUCAUGGCUUCUCCAACCAUUGGGGGUAUCCACCACCAUCCGAGUGGUAUUACUCCGAGACUCCCUGGAGCAAUCAAGGCGAAGAAGACUAUGGAUUCGGGUUCCAGUACCAACCCCCUUACUACGGAGAACAACCGGACCCCUGGGCAUAUCAAGAACAACCUCAUUAUCAAGAAGAAUUUCUCCCACAACCAGAAGGGCCAUCGGCGCUGGAGUUACUCAUGGAGCAGUUUGCUCGAGACUGUGAGAGAACAUGCUCCAGGAUGGAUCAGUGUGUCCAGGCCUAUCGUGAAACAGAUGAGAUCCUCCUGAGCCUUAAGAAGAGCGUCGAUGAUCUUGAGCGAUCUUGGGCGCAACCUGCUCCAGAUCACCCUUCUGCUACCAUACAAGAAGAGGAGGAGGAAGAAGAAGGCUACAAGGGCAUUGUGGAACACACUGAAGUUGUCACGGAGAGCUCCCGUGAUGAUCAUGAUCAGGCGUGUCAUGUCGUAGCCGACCACACCUUCCCACACCCCAAACUGAGCUUUGAAGAGGCGGGCAUGAGUGAGGAGAUGCAAGAAGAUCUCAUGAAAGAAAUUGCUUGGCAACUUGCUCUCCAAUCCGUGCUAGAAGAAGAAGAGCAAGAAAGGGUGCAGAAAGAAGUUGUGGAGGAUGACGAAAGUGAAGUUGGAGGAGUUCUUGAUCAUUUCCCAGGGGUGAUACCACAUGAAGAAGGAAGGGAGGUUGAAGAGGCGAUUGGCGUCCAGGCUGAGGACGAAGUUGAGGUGGAAGAGGCUUGCACCGGCCAUGAGUUACAUGUGAUAUCUCCACCAAACUUCGAGGAACUGCUUAGCAAGGACCCAUUUGCAGUGUCUCUUUGCCAGACCAAGGCCACAUCGACAUCGGUCCCUCUUGGUGGACGCGAUGGUGGCCAAUCGAUGCUGUCUUAUCUGGUUUGGGGCAAUGAGACAAGAGAAGAGAAGAAGAGGUCUCGAGGGUGGAGACUUCAUCUGCAUCAAGUACAUGAGCUUCAUCACCUGCCACAUCACAUGCUCAUGACUUGA